GACACGUCUCGUUUCCCGCAUGCCCUUAUCUCUUCCAUAUAGCCCUUGCACCUUCUUCCUCUUUCUUUCAUCGUACCCAACGCACAAGAGCAUAGAAAUCGAACAGACUAGUGCUGCUGCCGCUCAACUUUAAUUAUGGCUCAGACGGUCGGAAGGAACAUAGCAGCUCCCUUGCUGUUUCUCAACUUUACAAUGUAUGCUAUAGUCGUGGGUUUUGCAAGUUCCUGUAUCGACAAGUUCAUCAAUGGCAAUAUCAACCAACCUGGGUUUGGAGGGAACGGUGCAACUUUCUUCUUUCUGGUGUUUUCAAUCAUGGCCGGGGUCGUCGGCAUAGCGUCCAAAGUGGCUGGCGCAAACCAUAUCAGGGCAUGGAGGAAUGACAGUCUGGCUGCAGCUGCAUCUUCUUCACUUGUAGCAUGGGCUCUCACUGCACUGGCUUUUGGAUUUGCAAUAAAGGAGAUAGACAUAGGGCAUAACAGGGGGUGGAGGCUCAAGGUGGUGGAAGCCUUCAUAAUAAUUCUAACUUUCACCCAGUUGAUGUAUCUCUCAACGGUUCAUGCCGGUCUGGUCAGCAGCAAGUACGGUCCGGGCUAUCGUGAUUCCGACUAUGGCGUCCCGGGCGGCGACCCCUUGCAGAAAGGCGGCGCUGGAGUUGCUGGAACUAGGGUCUGAGUACAUAGGGUUCCUUGCUGUAGGUGUCAUCGGAGGAUUAGGGAUCGUUUUCAUCUUUCAUCUUGUAUGUAGUUUUAGGGUGGGGUUUCGAAGUAUGGAUGGUGGCUUUGUACAGUGUGUGGUGGUUAUGGUGGUCUUUGGAGUUGUAUGCGCAAUGUUUCAAUGUAAUGAUGAUUGUUUGGUUGAAAAAUAAAGGUGUUUGGUAAUGCAAAUGAAUCAUUUUUGUUCU